GCUAAAUCAUGGCCGAAGGCUUGGGCCAUGUUGAUUGAUCACUGUCGGCUGGAGGCAUUGUCGGCAUCACUGAGUCAAAGGAGAAAUGCAGAUGUGUGGACGAGGCCUGGGGACAACAAUAAAGCACCAGUACCAGCAGCAGCAGCAGCAGCAGCAGCGGUAGGAGCGGUAGCAGCUGUGAAGGGGAGCUUGAGGAGAGGAAGCGAAAAGGAGGGUCAUGACAAAGCAAAGAGAAGAUAGAGGUUUGUGAGGAAAGGACACGAGGAGGAUUGGAGCAGGUCAAUGCAGCAGAGAGGAGGUUGCGACGAGGGGGGGCAUCAACCAAUGGUGAAGAGAGUUUGGUUACCAUAGUGUGAUAGAAUCCGCAGAGAGGGUGGGAGGAGAGGAGGAGAAAAUAGGGAAGGAGAGAUGCAGCAAAUGCAGCCACGUGUCAUGAUGUGUAGGGAGACACUCCUGCGUUCAGUUUGCCGCAGGCUUUAUGACAGUGGCACCGGUGUAUGCGCGUCAUCAUCGUCAUCCUCAGUGAAAGGAGUGAGAUGGAACGGGGUGAAGCGGGUAAUGGCAGCCGUGGGUGACAAUGGGGAGGUUUGGUCGCGUCUACGGCCAAUGACAUCAUUAUGGAAUACCAACCAUUUGCGUGGCUGUCAUCCGAGCAGUGUCCAUCCGGUGCAGGCAUGGGCCGAUGGUGAGGGCAGUGCAUGUUGUGGUCUCCGUACCCCGGUGGAGAAUUGGCGGCACUCGACCUCUGGGAACGUCGAAAAGCCACUUCCAUCGCAGCAGCUCGACCAGCAACGAUGCCUUCGCUCGUUGCCAGCGGGCCUGUCGGCAUCGGCAGCAGGAUCACAAACUGAGCUGAUGCAUCUGUCUGCUGCACCCUCAGUGCUUGGCCCCCAUCGGGAGCAUGAUUACUCCUCAUCCUUGUCCAUCUCUUUGUCGAGUAAGGGUGCUGCCGCCCGUAACACAUUGCGCCAACUGCCAUUUGGGCCUGACGUGGUAAAUGGUGCAGCACACAGCUUCUGUAUCGUUGUGGACCGCCUGGGCCAGCCACGCAUCGUUCAGAAAUCGGUCCUUGGCGGCGAGAUCUACUGCCGCCCGUUCCGUACGAUGGCGGUACCGGAACGAGAGCGGCGUGGGCUGGCGGUUGCAUUGCCAGACCAGUUGGGAUACCAACGCUCGUAUUCAAAGCUUCAGGUGGCUGAACCUCGGCUGGUCCAAGUGAGGGUUUACAUGCAGAGCCCUGGAGUAAUCGGGGAGCCUUAUCGACGUCCAGAAUUGCCGCUUCCCUUCUUCCAGAGGUGGCUGACGAAAGAGGGGUGGAGACGAAGACGGAAGCAGUGGAUGGACACUCUCAAGACAGCGUACACGGUGGCCAAGUUGAGGAGAGAGAGCAAAGGGUACCGAAAAACCGAGUUUUACAAUCAUGCGUCGGCGCUGUACAGCGAGGUGAGCAAGGCGAUCGCAGAUGGCGACCGCACAGCUCUGAGGCAACUUGUGACGGAGGCGGUUUUCACGGAGCUUAAGAAGGAGAUAAAGCAGAGAGAGGAGGCUGGUUGGCAGAGGGUCUCUUGGAAGCUUGCCAGCGUUCCAGAGAUUCGUACCGCGCAGGCUAGGCUGGUGGGUGUGGACCCGAAGAACACUGACCGGGCGUUUGCGCAGAUCACACUGCUCAUUCGGAGCAAACAGAAGUUUGGUGCAUAUGACCGCCAUGGAAGACUCGUUGCAGGCGACCCGGAUAAACAGAUAGAUGUCGAAGAUUGCUGGGUGUUUGAGCGCCGUGUCGAUCGGUCUGAUCAAAAGUGGAGGUUGUGUGGUCGCUUGACGUUGUGAUUUGUCGGCGCUCUCAUUUCAAUCUGUCUUGACACCAUUGACAUACCAUUUAGUAUUUCACUCAUCUGCUUCCAGUGGAGUUUGAACUCCGGUCCGUAUUUCAGCAGCUGAGGGGUGUAGCAAUUGAGCUAAGCCAGUGGGUGACAUACCAUUUAUAGCAUCACAUGAUUCUGCGGCUUUUGUUAUCCCUUACAAGAUAGAGGGGAGAGUAGCAAAACCAGCAGCAGCAGCAGCAGAAGCAGGAAGAAGGUAGCUGGGGACACUUAGGAGGCGGGGAGGGAGAGGAGUUGAGGGGUGAGGAACAGAAAAUGUGAAAGCAGCGGAGAGGGGAAGAGGAAGAGGAAGACGGAGAGGCAGUAGGGAGGAGGCAGCUGGAUGAACGAACAGUCAGCUUGCUGUUUCUUCGUCUGAACUCCUCCCAUGGUCCACAUGUGUUGGACGCUUUGGGGAAUUGGUGCAGAGGGUUAUUAGCGGGAGCAGCAGAAGGGUUGGUCAGCUAACAGAGGUGCAGCUGCUCGAUAUCGCUUUGCCCGACGUGGGCCUUGGUCUCUUUCUUUCUUUCUUUUUGUCGUUCUUUUUUAGAGUAGGGAAAAGUUUGGUCUUUUUCUUUCUUUCUUUCUUUCUUUCUUUCUUUUUUUGAAGAGUCGGGAAAAGUUGCAUCCCUCUGUUAUGGGGGAUACGGAUGGUCAGCAGUAGGAGCAGCAGCAGGGUGGGGAGCAGCAGUAACGCGGGACGCUCAGCUAAUAACUAGGGAGAGUGUUGCAUCUGCCUGACGCUUCUUCGCCCUAGGCCUGAUUUUCUUUCUUUCCUUACCUUUCCCUGUUUCUUCUUAAUUUUAAAGGGGAAGGAGGCUGAUGUGAUGUGCAGUUGUGAUCAGCCCAUGAUCAGCAGUGACAGCAAAAUCAGCAGGAUCAUCAUCGUCAUUAUCACAAGUGAGAGGAGGGAGUGCUGACGAAGAGUAGACGGGUAUCACCUACUUGCAGUUGAUGGUGUUGUCUUUUCUAUGUCGGGUGUGAGGAAUGAUGCUCACAUGAUCAGCAGGAUGAUCACCGUCAUUGUCAUGAGGGAGAGGAGUGAGUGCUGAUGAAGAGUAGACGGGUAUCAGCUACAUGCACUUGAUGGUGUUGUCUUUUCUGCAGCGCGUGCGAGGAAUGACCCGCGGGAUCACAAAGGAUCUAUCCGGGAUGAUCAGUUUCCGACUAGUCGAGUGGAACUACUGAGAAAGUUGAAGAGGACCACAGCUGGAUGCAGAAUUAAAAGAGAGGUGGGGAGGGAGAGGAUAAAAGAUUGGCGAAAUGAGGGGAGGAUUACAGAAGAAGAAGAGGAAACGAGUGACAAGGAGCCGGAAAAGGUAGUGGUGAAUAACGCAAAGGAGUGAAGGGGCGCAAAAAGAUAGGAGACUGGUGAGGAGUCGCUUGAACGCUUGCUCGAAAGGUGUGGCGUGAAGUGGGAAGGAUGAAACAGUGGGAGUUCAGCUAUCUGGUGCCUGGGUGAAACAGUCCUUGCGGGGCUUGGUGGGACGGACGUAAGAAAAUGGUAAUCUGGGUGACAGAUUUUGGGAUUGGAUCCUGGGAUGCUGGACCCGAUUUCCAGGAGAUGCUGCUUUGGGACGCUGGACCCGAUUCCCAGCAGGUGCUGCGCUGGGACGCUGGACCCGAUUUCCAGCAGGUGCUGCUGUGGGAUGCUGGACCCGAUUUCCAGAAGGUGGUGUGCUGGGACGCUGGUCCGGUUUCCAGCAGAUGCUGCGCUGGGACGCUGGACCCGAUUUCCAGCAGGUGCUGCUCCCCACCAAUAGACCAGCGCGACCAUAGCCAGCCCACUAC